UGGUGGAGUCGUAGGCGGGACGUGUGGUUUCGCAGGAAGUUGAUUUCCUGCCUUAGUUAACUAUGGCCGAUUUAACCGAGAAGGCGGAAACCAUGAAGAACUAUCACAUAGCGUCGGAAAAGAUUAACCCGCUGGCCGGUCGUUUCCCUCAUUGUAUCGUGUGGACCCCCAUCCCCGUGUUGUCUUGGCUGUUUCCAUUUAUUGGGCACAUGGGCAUCUGCACUUCAGUUGGAGUCAUCCGGGACUUUGCUGGACCCUAUUUUGUAUCUGAGGACAACAUGGCUUUUGGAAAACCAACAAAAUACUGGAUGCUGGACGUAAGCAAAGUCUAUGCCGGUGGCUCGAGCGCUUGGGAUAUUGCCGUGCACGACGCUUCGGAGGAGUACAAGCACAGGAUGCACAACCUGUGUUGCGACAACUGCCAUUCGCACGUGGCCAUGGCUCUCAACCUGAUGCGCUACGACAACAGCACGUCGUGGAACAUGGUCAAGCUCUGCCUCCUGGUGCUGCUGCACGGAAAGCAUGUCAGCUGCGCGGGCUUCCUGAAGACGUGGCUGCCCUUCCUCAUACUGCUGGGCGUCAUUGUGACAGUGGCGCUUGUCAUCAACCUCCGAUGACCUCCCCCAGGGAAUGUCGGCAAACAAAGUGAGGCCUUUUUAUGUCAAGAAAAGACUUUUGAAAAACCUGUAAGAGACGCCGGAAUGAAUGUCUCACACAAACACCUCCAUCACUGCCACGCACACAAUUUCUAACAAUGAUAAUAAUCUAAAUCUCUUUUUAGAAAAACCUGCCUUUAGUAUCACAAUUCAGAACUUCUUCUUUUUUUCGCUAGCAAUUUAAACGGCCAUUGCCGCCUCAGGGUGAAUGUCGUUAUGCCGUUAAAGUGCGGGUCAGUGCCAACUCCGUGUUUUAAAAACCGUGUCAAAAAUGAGAGACCCAGGACUAGCCUUUUACAGUGAAGUCCAGUUUACCCUGCUGGAUACGUUCCAGACCCACCUGCGAAAUAACGCUAAUAUAUAAAUUUGCUAAACCACACUUCCGUAGUGCCUGUUCUCGUUCUCGCUGUCAGGAAAUGAGUCUAUCAUUGAAAUAUAAUUUUAAGGAAAUGAAAAUUCGUCAGCUUUACAUAUCUGCCACAUCUGCUCAACAUAAUUACCCAGAAACACUUUAGCUAUCCGAAAAAAAAAAAAUUGCAGCCAUCUAGUAAUGACAGCCAUCUGAAAAACAUUUAUUUUGGGUGAAGUAUUUACUUGAGGUUAAGAGGACCCCAUUAUUCAUUUCAGCUGUAUUUGAGAAAAUUACGCUUAUGAGAGCAAGCCAUUUUGUUCAACUUGAGUGCAUGGUUGUUGUUUUUCUCCGGCCUUUCUUUCCGCAUGUUAUUUUUGCCUAUUUAAUUCCACAUGAUGGGUGUCACUCCACUUCAGUUGCCAUGGCUGUGCUGAGCAUAUCCAAAUCCUCCCGUUAUUCCCAAUCAUAUAACUCCUUAAGCCCCUUCUUUUCGGAAGCAGCAGGUAGCCAGGAUGGCUCAGGUUUUCUCGCUGAAGAAAUUUCAAACAGAUGGACUCAAAAUGUUUAAGACAAGUCGCAAAUGAUCAUUUUGUUGUAAAAAGGUGGUCGAUUCUGCUCACUAACUAGCCAGCUAGCGUCAUAAGCUACAUUGUACAAUACUUGACCUUAACAGAUGCUGCAACAUUCAAUCAUUAAUUUUUUGUUUUAAGCCGUCCCACCACUGUGGUGCCUUGCAGUAACCAGGAGCCAGCAGGUCAUGGAAUGUGGAGACCUGCGGCGGGGGUGGGGUGGGGGCUACGCUAUCAAUAUAUGCUUAGGCUGGUCCAGAGACUCCCUAAUCCCAAAACCGUAGACUAGUUCCAUGCA